AUGGAGUCCGAACCCAAAGCCGCCUCUUCCCACGCCACCACCGCCCUCUCCCCCCCGCCGCCGCCGCCCGCCUACAACCACGACAUCUAUCUCGCCGCCGCUGAAACACCCACGGAGGACGGCGACGAGCCUACAGAGUACGAGAAGGCUACGCUCAGGCAUGUGGCGGAUAAGCUGCCCAUCUCGGCGUGGUUUGUGGCCGUUGUGGAGCUCGCGGAGAGGUUUAGCUAUUAUGGCAUUUCGGGGCCUUUUCAGAAUUACAUGCAGAAUGCCCGUGACGAUCCGUCAAGGCCUGGUGCGAUCGGGCUAGGCCAGAAGGGCGCGACGGGGCUAUCGUAUUUCUUCCAGUUCUGGUGCUACGUAACGCCCAUCCUCGGCGCCAUCAUCGCCGACCAGUACAUGGGCAAGUACAACACGAUCCUGCUCUUCGCGUGCGUGUACAUCGCCGGGCUGCUGAUCCUGUUUGUGACGUCGCUGCCGUUCGCGAUUGAGAGCGGCGCGGCGCUCGGUGGGCUUGUGGCGGCCAUGGUGGUGAUUGGCCUGGGCACGGGCGGGAUUAAGAGUAAUGUGAGCCCGCUGAUUGCGGAGCAGUAUCGCGAGACGCGCAUGAAGAUACGGACGCUGAAGGGCGGCGAGAGGGUUAUUGUGGAUCCGGCGGUCACGAUUCAGAGCAUCUAUAUGAUCUUCUACAUGUGCAUCAACGUCGGCUCGCUCAGCAGCAUAGCGACCACAGAGCUCGAGCAGCACGUCGACUUCUGGGCCGCCUACCUCCUCCCCUUCCUCGUCUUCUUCGUCGGUGUCGGCGCGCUGCUCCUCGGCCGCAAGUACUACGUCGUGCGCCCGCCCCAGGGCUCCGUCAUCACCGACGCCUUCAAGGCCAUGUGGAUCGGGCUCAAGUAUGGUCGCGGCAACAUGGAUGCCGCCAAGUCGGCGUAUCGUGAGGAGUAUGGUGUUACGCAGGCGCUGCCGUGGACGGAUCUGUUUGUGGAGGAGCUGAAGAGGGCGUUGGUGGCGUGUCGGGUGUUUAUCUUUUUCCCGAUAUAUUGGAUUGUCUAUGGACAGAUGACGAGUAACUUCAUUUCACAAGCCGGAACUAUGGAAACCCACGGCAUCCCAAACGAUAUCAUGCAAAACAUCGACCCCCUCACAAUCAUCAUCUUCGUCCCCAUCGUCGACCAACUCCUCUACCCGCUCCUCCGCCGCCUCAACAUCCCCUUCCGCCCCAUCUCGCGCAUCGCCGUCGGCUUCCUCCUCGCCUCCCUCUCCAUGGCCUAUGCCGCAAUCGUCCAGCACAUAAUCUACACCUCGCCCCCCUGCUACACCACCCCGCUCACCCCCUGCACCGUACCCAACAAAGUGCACGUGGCCGUCCAAACACCCGGCUACCUCUUCAUCGGCCUCAGCGAGAUCUUUGCCUCCAUUACCGGCCUCGAGUACGCGUACACCAAGGCUCCGCCGGCCAUGAAGUCGUUCGUGAUGAGUAUGUUCCUGCUUACCAGCGCGCUGGGCAGCGCGAUCGGAAUCGCCCUGUCGCCGACCGCGGAGGAUCCGAAGCUGGUGUGGAUGUAUACGGGGUUGUCGGUGGCGACUGCGAUCGCAGGGGCGCUGUUUUGGGGCUGCUUUAGGGGGCUGAAUGGCAAGGAGGAGGGGAUGAAUGCGUUGGAGGGGGUGGGGGAGAAGGAGAAGGAGGUAGAAGCGGAGUGA